GCCUCCGCCUUUUGUAUUUCGUUUCGGUGCAAUGUUGGGUCCUUCGGCUUCUGCCUCAGUCUGAAGUGAAGGCAGGGAGGGGAGGAUCCUGGCUGCGGGAGGGGCGCUGGGAACCUGUUGGAGCCCGCAGCUGAGCCUCUUCCCCGGAUCUCAUCCCAGCCUGGUUUUACAGGUGUGGGGAAGGCACCCGAAAAAAGCCACGACUCUCGCCGGGGAACGGAGGGAAGAAGGAGCCUUUAAAAGAAGAAGAACUUGGGGAAAAGUUUGGUUUGGGGGUGGGGGAAGAAAUUAUUCACUCUUGGGAAAGUUUGUGGCUCUCUUGCUGGGCUGUGGAAUUGCCGAGGAAGAUGGGGCGGCUCUGAGACUGAAGGACCCCCCCGCAUCGCUGUAGCUGAGUGCGAAGUUGCCUGUUUUCUGUUGCUUUUCCUCCUCGGAAGAGGUGGGAUGUGUCCGUGUGGGGGUGCUCUCGGGGAGAAGAGGAACCACAAACUUUGCCUGUUGACUUUGCUCCCCUUUGGCGAGGGCUGGACCAGGACUGCUCAGAAAUGGUAAGGGGGGGUCGUUUGCAACCUGUCUCUUGAUUCCGCCGACUGCCGCUGUUCCUGGCUCUUCUUUUCCUUCACAUUGGCACCGAUUGGAUUGAAGAUUUUUUUUAUUUUUAAAGCCAUGGGAUCCCUUCACUUCUCCUGCAGGAAAACCGCCUGCAGAGUUUGAGAACCAGGGACUUUGCUGGUGCAGAGAGAAUGCACGAGAACAAGGCGAAGGGAGAAAGUUAUCGGUGAAUUCUGCCCCUCACCUUCACAGGACUUUCAUCCACCGCUGGAUUAUUUAAAACAAAAAUCCCCACAGCCCCACCUACACCCACAGAAUCAGAUCAUCCUGAAGCCUGGCAAUACUUUUGUUUUCAAAAGAUCCGAUUGCAACAGACUUUGCAACAAGGGGCGACUGCACACAGGAACUGCACACGCUGCCUAGCAAUGCUUGCAAAAGGGGAUCCGCUGCUCUGAAUGAAUCAGGAGUGUUUAGUUGCAUCAAGAGAAAGGGCAGCCAGAGGCUCUGGGAAUAAAUGAACCGGUUGCAUUCUUGGUAAAGCGAAGCCUUGCAGAUAAAUCGGAAGGUGGGGUGGGGAGGAGAGAGAGAAAAGAAGAAAGAAAGGACGAUAAAAUACGAUGGUGCAUUUGGAGGUGGCCGUGCUGCUGGUAGCCCUGGUCGGGGUUUGUGUCUGGACUGAUGAUACUGGGAAAGUUAUCUCGGAUCGUUAUGCUGUUUAUUGGAACAAGAGCAACCCCAGGUUCCAUCGGGGGGACUACACGGUGGAAGUGAGCAUCAACGACUACCUGGAUAUCUACUGCCCUCACUAUGAGGACCCGUUCCCGGUGGACAGGAUGGAGCGGUAUAUCCUGUACAUGGUCAAUUAUGAGGGUCAUGCUUCCUGUGACCACCGGCAGAAAGGCUUCAAGCGCUGGGAGUGCAACAGGCCCGACUCCCCCAACGGGCCCCUGAAGUUCUCAGAGAAGUUCCAGCUCUUCACUCCCUUCUCUCUAGGAUUUGAGUUCAGACCAGGGCACGAGUAUUACUACAUCUCUGCUUCUCCCCCUAACAUGGUGGACAGGCCCUGCUUAAAGCUGAAGGUUUACGUUCGACCAACGAAUGACUCCCUGUACGAAUCUCCGGAACCUAUUUUCACCAGCAAUAAUUCCUGCUGCAGCCUCAGGGUCCCGCACCUCAUCCUCGUGGUGCCAGUGUUUUGGACUGUUCUCACUUCCUAGCCCCGAGAGGAGAAAACGAAGGAAGAGGGGAGCUGUUUGGCAAGGGAAAGGAGGAGAGAGACGGACACAUGCAGGAGAAGAGACAUGUUCUGUCUGCCUCCGGGGAGAAGGAACCCUCUCGAGCCAGCCUUUUGCUUUGUUUUUCAAAAAGUUUUCUCUUUCACAAUAACCUUUGAACUGCAACUCCUGAGCCGGGAGUUGGGGUUGGGCAGGGGACACGAGGAAGGAUUUUUUCCCUAUCCAGGCCUUACUCCCAGCUUGGAGCAUUUCUGUUCCUGGCGUGGAUUCGCUUGGAAGAAGCCUGCAAAAUUUCUACCGAUGUACAAAAUAUAACACCCCUGCCCCGCGCCUCGGCAGUCUGGUUUGGAGGUGGGGGCGGAGAAUGACAAAAUAACAGUGGAAAAGAGCAGCGUGGGAUUGGCGCUGCUUUCCUGCUUCCGGGACAGCGCCCUUUUCAUGGUGCUGGGCUCAGCUCGCUUUGACCCUCCUUGUAGGAUUUUGCUUUUGAAAUUUCUAGACCAAAUAUUAGAAUCCUUUUAUUAUUAUAUUUUUUGUGUGCUUUUCUUGCACUCCUUGAGACUUAGCCACAAAACGAGACCCCCUCUCCCCCGUCCGUGGUUCAUAAAUCUCCGUGAGCAGCAUUCCCCUUCCAAGCCGUCAAGGGAAUGCAGGAUCAGGGGCUAGCUUGGGCUUUCCUUCCCGGGUUUUCCACGACGCUCAGGCCGAUUCAGUCCCAGGCUCCAAGCAGGGGAGUUGGUGGCUAGCGAACAAACAAGGUGCCCGGACUCUGGGACGUGCCGGAUCCGGGCUGAGAAUGACAGUACUCACAGCUGUUUCCCAAACUAGCCCAGAUGUUUGCCAUUACUGGUACCACUGGACUCAGCACCACCUGGGCAGAGCGGUGCUAACACCUUAAUGCUCCUUUCAGGGCCUGUGUUUUGGAGGCAGGGGGCCAGAUGGAAACAGGCCAUCAGAGGCUUUUUGGAGGAGCACUGACCUGGCUUGGUUGUCAGAACCGUGUGGGACGACUGUACCAUUUUCAUGGAUAUGUGGGUGGUUUCUUUGGGUGGGGGGAGGGUUGGUUUUCUUGGGGAAGGGAUGGGCAGGUAUACAAAUAAGCCAGCCAAAUGUAAUUGACCCUGCAAUUGACGUCCUUGGAGAAGCCAGGAGCAACGCCUGCGGAAGGGUUCCUGGGCCCAGCAAAGGCACUGGGAGAAUGUGUGGGGAGAGGCCUUUGCCACUGAGGUCACCACAAGCAGGAUCAAAAAUCUAGUUUGGGAAAGUUGAGCAGGAAGGCUGGAGGGGAAGGGGGUUUAAUGUCAGGAAUGUCACUGCUCUGCUGGCACGUGACAGCCGAGCGAUUAGUGUAGGGGCCGGGGCUGGACUUUAGAAGGGGCUCUGGCUGGUUACCACCUCCCCAUGGAGCAAAGGGGACUUAAGUGGGCAGGGGAUGCAGAGGGAGCCUUCGGAGGGCAGCUGGGUUGAACUCCCUCCUGGGCAGAGCCCUUCCAUGGACCACGCGAGCCACUAAACUAGGCUGCGCGCAGGUGAAAUUCACCCUCUUGGGUUCCCAAAGCUAAAAAUUCCGCCAGUUGAAAUCAGCAUCGCUCUACGGACUUACAUCUGUUUACGCCAGCUGGGGAUCCGGCCCCAAAUCUUUGCCUAGCACCUUUCUCCUCUCUCAUAGCCAACCCCGUCCUUUUUUAAUGAGCUCCCAGCGCUGACAGCAACCAUCCCCUCCUUACUUCCCCCCAGUCCCUUUGAGAAAGCAGUGCCCCUGCCUAUGUAACCCUGCUGAUCCCAGCACGGAUCCGCGUCAUCAGCCCUGCCAUUCCAAUUCCCUCUCCUGUGGCCACUGCUUCCAGACACGUGGAGCAGAGCAGCCCCGUCUGUCUUGUCCUUACCACCGCCCCGUGCAGCUCAGUGAUCUCCGGCUGUAUUACAGAUGCAAGCGAGGUCCUAAUCAGCCUGCGACAGCAGGAGAGAGAUUGAAACUGACCUGAGGGGGUGGAUCUCUAUGAAGUUUUCCCUGGGCAUCCUUCCUUCCCUUUAUGAGUCUCCUUCGAUCCUGCACAUCCCGAUGGCUUGUUCCCCCGUUGCGCUGUUACUGGCUUGGAGUAACUGUUGGCUUGGCUUUCUUUGCUUCCUUCUCCACUUUAAAAUAAAGCCGCCGAUUGGCCCCACACUUCGGAAUUCAGAUGAUUAAACGGGGCCCAUUUCGCAAAAUUCAGAUCCCCAUCCAGGCCUGGAUCUCAACCCCUCCUGUCCUUGCAUCCGGGGACAGUCUGCAUCUAGUGUUUUGGCACAAACCCAUCUCCAAAUAAAACCCCACUUCCUGAUUUCUGCCCCUUCUCCUCUGCUCCAACCCCCAUUGGAGGAUUUUGGUGAUAAAAGGAAGUUACAUUCCAGGGAAAAAGAACUAAGAACAAGGGACAAGCAAAGGGACGUGGAAAAGGUGGUGGCGGUGGUGGGGGAAAAGCGAGUGGCUGAUUCUUCUUUGCACGUACCUGUGCCCAUUAAAGAGGAGUCCAGCAAGGUGCUGGCAGAAUGCUAGUCUCUCUCCAAGGGAUGCAAUGGAUGUAUUUGGGGUGGGGGAAAGAGUCUGGCUGGGGUGGAGGGGCCGGGGGUGAGAUUUGCAUCACCUUGUAAAGCAGGAGCCCUGUCUGCGGGCGCCUCCAUUGCUGCCCGGCUCCCCCCGCUGUGAGGGCAGAACUUGAGUUGUCUCCUCGCUCCUGGAAAUAAAGCAUAGCUUUAAAAUCACAAUCCUAAUAAUAGUACAAAAAACCGGUCUUUCUGCAGAUGCCUUUUUCAAACGCGCACAGAAACCAUCAGUUUCUACAGCAUCUGUCCGUGAGCCCCAGGGAGCUAACCGGCCCUGGUCCUUCUGUAAAUAUAGCCAGCAGGCGUUAUACUGUGACAGGGGUUGGGGGGGUUUUUUAAUGUAUCGUUGAGAAUGAAUUUUAUGGAAGGUUUUAUGUUAAUUUUAUUUUGUUUUUAUUUUUUAGACUAGGAAGCUAAAAACUCACAAUAAGAUCAUCUCGUUUAUCAACAAUUCCCGCUCUGCUUCCCCUCCCUCCCCAGCCCCCCAUGGGAUCUAGACUGGGGAACGUUUUCUUAAAGGCAGAGGAAAGCACCACUUUUAUACAAGCGUCACCCUCCUCCCUGCCCGGGGGGGGGGGGCAGACUUUGCUUCCUUGGCUCAACUCGAGUCGCCUUGCUCCAGGAGUGGGCCAAUGGAGUAAAGAGGGAAGGGAGGCUGGCCUGGCACCCUUUGGACCGGAUUCAGCAAGGGACGGAAACACGAGUGAUCCUGGAGGUCAAUGGAACAACUCUUGUGCCCGUGUUUAAAUAAUUGGCUGACUCAGCGGGGAUUUUCAAAGGAGCCUGAAGGAUUGUAAGUGCCCAUGGAAAGUCAGUGCCUCCUUUGAAAAUUCCAGCGUCAGUCCCCCAGCUGGUAAUAAUACUUCCUUUGUCUGUCUUCUCUGGUGGGGCUCGAUCCUGGACAGACAGGCUCACCCAGAGCCCGCUUCCAGGACAAGGGGCUUAGACCGUAAACUCGUGGGGGCAGGGACUGUGAAUGUACAAUGUCUAACCCAAAAAAGCCCCCAUCUUGGUUGGCUCCCGUAAUAUAAAUCAUCUCGGUAUCGCAGGCGGUGGAGCAGUGGUGAAAUCGGGCCUUUGGUCUGUGGUAUAUAUGUUAUAUAUAUAUAGUACAGUGACAGAAAGAGGAAAGAGAAAGCAAAUAAGGAAGCAGCAUUUA